AUGGGGACUCAAACUCAGUCAAGAGAUACCCCUCUCAAUCUCAUUCUCAUCAACCAAGGAGCUGAAGCUAGAGUUUUUGAGUCUUCUUUUGUGGGAAGAAGGUCUGUUGUCAAGGAGCGAUUCUCAAAGAAGUACAGACAUCCAAUUUUGGAUUCUAAGUUGACACUCAAGCGCUUAAAUGCAGAAGCAAGAUGUACAACCAAAGCAAGGCGACUUGGGGUUUGUACACCUGUACUGUAUGCCGUGGAUCCUGUGUCGCACACUUUAACAUUUGAAUUUGUUGACGGACCUUCAGUCAAGGAUGUAUUUCUUGAAUUCGGAUCAUGUGGUGUCAAUGUAGAGCGGCUUGACAAGAUUGCGUCUCAAAUUGGCCAUGUGAUUGCAAAGUUACAUGAUGGUGGUCUUGUUCACGGUGAUUUAACAACAUCGAACAUGUUACUAAAGAAUGAUACCGAUCAGUUGGUUCUUAUUGACUUUGGAUUGAGCUUCACUUCAACUCUACCAGAAGAUAAAGCUGUAGAUUUGUAUGUCCUGGAAAGAGCCCUUGUUUCAAUGCAUUCUUCAUGUGGUAACAUUAUUGAUCGGAUUCUUGCUGCUUACCGCAAGUCAUCGAAGCAGUGGUCGUCCACAAUGAACAAGUUGGCAGAUGUGCGACAAAGAGGACGAAAGAGAACCAUGGUUGGAUGA